CCCCCCGGCGCGCAGGAAGCGGCGGCGCAGGGGGCGGCGGAGGCGACGCCGCGUCCUCCCGCCCUAGGCGGGCCGCGGAGCGUUGCUGGGCCCAGGCGGCGGCUGAGGAGGCCCUGCCCGCCGCUCCUCCCGGGCCUCCCGAGAGAAUAUGAAACAGGCGUCAAAAUGACAUCCAGAUUUGGGAAGACAUAUAGCAGGAAAGGUGGUAAUGGCAAUUCAAAAUUUGAUGAAGUUUUUUCAAACAAACGGACCACUCUUAGUACAAAAUGGGGAGAAACGACCUUUAUGGCCAAGCUAGGCCAGAAGAGGCCCAACAGCAAGCCAGAUAUUUCCGAGAUCCCUAAGAAACCCAAAGUAGAAGAGGAAGCAAUAGAAGAUCCAUUUGGAUUUGACAGCGAUGAAGAAUCAUUGCCAGUUUCUUCCAAGAACAUGUCCCAAGCGAAAGGCUCUGCUCAGUUGGAGUCACUUGAAGCUUCUCAGCCUGGAGACUUUUCCUCUGUACUUGAGUCUAAUAGCAAAUUUCCUCCCUUGGUUGGUGAAGACCCUUUGUCCAGCAGAGUUGUGUCUUUUGAUAAUGCCUUGCAUGACUUGAAAGAGAAGAAUUCGGCCAGAAACACGGCAGAAGAAGACUUCAGAAGUAGCAAUGCUAUCCCUCUAGCUGCAGAUACUGCACUGAAUUAUUCCGAGGACAAUGAGAACAGCCAUUUCCUCUACAAGAAUGCUGAAGACAGUAGUGUUAACGCUCAAAUAGCAGAAAUUUCUGGAUACAACAUUGAACUCAAGGAAUCACAUGACUCUUGGGAUUGCCAUAUUGCCAAUAGAGACUCCCCUUCAGACGUAUCCCAUACUAAAUCGCUAAUCACUGGCUUAUAUGAUUGGGAAGAUGAGAAUGAGGAUGCCCAAAGAGGAGAAUAUAUGUUAGGAUUUGAUGACGAUCCACUUUCAGAGAUAAAACACAAGGAUGAAGAGCUGGUCAAGGAAGACAUGGAGAGCGCAAAGGAAGCCAUUAACGAAGAACUGAUGCAAACUGUUCUCAGGCCGAGUAACUGUCGGACAUACUGUAGAUCAAGCAAAACAAAAUUGCAGGGAAUGUCAAAUUUUGAUAAGCUGCUGGAUGGCACCCUUCAACCUCUAGCCAAAGCAAACAGUGAUUCAAAUGCAGAUGGUGUGAACCCAGUAAGAAAAGUUGCUGUAAGUAGUGGGACCAGUUUUAAAGGCACAGGAAGGACUAGAGACUACACUGUUCUCCAUCCAUCCUGCUUAUCGGUUUGCAACGUCACCAUACAAGACACUAUGGACCGCAUGGAUGAAUUCGCCACGGCCGCACCCACUGACCUGGGGGAAGCGGGCCGCCUGCGGAAGAAAGCCGACAUCGCUACGGCCAAGACCACGACUCGAUUCCGACCUAGCAAUACCAAAUCCAAGAAAGAUGUCAAAUUAGAAUUUUUUGGCUUCGACGACAACGACGAAGGCGGGGGUGGUGAAGGCGGGUCCAGAACAUCUGGGAGCUCCAAUUACAAAAUUAAAUACUUUGGUUUUGAUGACUUAAGUGAAAGUGAGGAUGAUGACGAAGAACGACUGUUAGAGCGGAAAGUCAAUAAAAAAAGAAGCCAAACCAUAGUCGCUUCUUCUUCGCAACAAUCCACUUCGGAUGGAAAUGAGAGCUACUCCCAGGAUAGCCAGUCAAGUUCCAAUUCAGAACACUCGGUAUUUCUGAAGAACAAACUGGGUACCUUUCAGAAAUUAAUGUUCUGUUUUAAUUUUCAGUCACCAACAAAAGCUGUGUACAAUGCUAGACAUUGGAAUCAGCCAGAAUCUGAGGUUCUCCCAGCAACACAAGUGCUGAAAAAUCCCAACGUUCCAGCAAGGUCUUCGAAAGAGGCAGUUCCUAAAGAUGAUGGGGUAUUCAAAGCUCCAGCACCACCUCCCAAAGUGAUAAAAACUGUGACUUUACCAACUCAGCCCUAUCAGGAGAUAGUAACUGCCUUGAAAUGUAGGAAAGAAGAUAAAGAAUUAUACACUGUCGUGCAACAUGUGAAACACUUCAACGAUGUGGUAGAAUUUGGAGAAAACCAAGAGUUCACGGAUGACAUUGAGUAUUUAUUAAGUGGACUGAAGAGCAAUCAGCCCCUAAACACCCGUUGCCUUAGUGUUAUCAGUCUGGCGACUAAGUGCGCCAUGCCCAGUUUCCGAAUGCAUUUGAGAGCACAUGGAAUGGUUGCGAUGGUCUUCAAAACACUGGAUGACUCACAGCACCACCAGAACUUGUCGCUUUGUACAGCAGCUUUAAUGUAUAUCUUGAGCAGAGAUCGCUUAAACAUGGAUCUAGACAGAGCCAGCUUAGAUUUAAUGAUCCGACUUCUGGAGCUCGAGCAGGAUUCCUCCUCCUCCAAGUUGCUUAAUGAAAAAGACAUGAACAAAAUCAAGGAAAAAAUCCGAAGGCUCUGUGAAACUGUUCAUAAUAAACAUCUGGAUCUCGAAAACAUAACGACUGGUCAUUUGGCCAUGGAGACCCUUCUCUCUCUCACUUCAAAGCGGGCAGGCGACUGGUUUAAAGAAGAGCUGCGACUUCUGGGUGGUCUUGAUCAUAUUGUAGAUAAAGUUAAAGAGUGUGUGGAUCAUUUAAGCAGCGAUGAGAAUGAAGAGAAAUUGGUUGCUUCACUCUGGGGAGCGGAAAGAUGUUUACGGGUCUUGGAAAGUGUAACAGUUCACAAUCCAGAGAAUCAAAGCUAUUUAAUAGCAUAUAAGGAUUCACAGCUCAUCGUCUCUUCAGCUAAAGCAUUGCAGCAUUGCGAGGAGCUAAUCCAGAGAUACAACCGAGCAGAAGACACCAUCUGUCUUGCAGACAGUAAGCCACUGCCUUACCAGAAUGUAACAAACCACGUGGGUAAGGCAGUCGAAGACUGUAUGAGAGCCAUCAUCGGAGUCUUACUCAACUUGACAAAUGAUAAUGAGUGGGGCAGUACCAAAACCGGGGAGCAAGAGGGCCUCAUCGGCACCGCUCUGAACUGUGUGCUUCAGGUUCCAAAAUUCCUACCUCAAGAACAGAGAUUUGAUAUUCGGGUUCUGGGUUUGGGUCUUUUGAUUAAUCUGGUUGAAUACAGCGCAAGAAACAGACAUUGCCUUGUGAAUAUGGAAACAUCGUGUUCCUUUGAUUCCUUCUGCUUGGGAGAAGCUGAGGAGAGCAUAAGCACAUCUGGACAAAUGGCAGCUGUUCAGGCUUUAGUACAGAUCAAUGUGACUACUGUAAGGACAUACUUACCCGACGGGGACUUCUCAAUCAUGACUGAAAUGCUCAAAAAAUUUCUUAGUUUCAUGAAUCUUACCUGUGCAGUUGGAACCACAGGCCAGAAGUCAAUCUCCCGAGUGAUUGAAUACUUGGAACACUGCUAAUCACCCCCAUUGGGCCACAGGCACUCGGAGAAGGAGGAGGGGGCUUUUUCUUUUAGAAAAAGCAGAGGAGGUGGCGACGGAUGUGCUCAGGGGGAUGCGUCAAGAGCAUUCCUCCAGUCUCAUUUUCUCUUUGGAUUUUUAAGGCUACCUGGUCUCCCCACCACAUCUGGCAUUUUCCAAAGGACCGCUACUGCUUCAAUCUGCAAAUUUAUCAAAAAUGAGAGAUCUGGGGACCGAGAGAACUCACAAUGUUUUCUAGUUAACUCAGCGCAGUAUUUCCAUGUAUUUGGCAAAGUUUUAUCCAUCCUCUUUAUUUGUCUGGCUUUUUUGUGACAACCUUCGAAGGGGAAAAAAAUAAUAAUCCUACUGCGGGUAAGGCAACUGCUGUUUACUGUUGAGCCACUGUUCUUCUUUUCAUGCCAGCCAGGGCGAAGGCAGCUUUAGCUACUGAGGUAUCGAGGGGGGAAAAAUAUUCCAAUAAAAAUGCUCUGGACAGCAGCGUUAGCUCUGAUUUGAGUUUAAUUUGCUCUUGUUUUUGAAAGAGAUUAUUCCAAAACGAUUUAAAAAAAAGACAUAGAAAGAUUUUUUUAAAAUACUUUUUGCGAUCUUAACUACUGUCUAUAUUUAAAAAUGUGUUGGAAUCCAAAGAGGUUGAGGCUCGGAUAGUUUAUUUUUUAUACUGCUUUGAUUGAAAAUUGGGUUGUUGGAAGCUACUUCUCAGUUUUUGCAAUUGUUGUGGCCUAAGUACUGUAAACUGAUGGACCGUAUCACGUCAGAGCUCUGAGAGAGGCAUGCAGAAAGAAAAAAGAUCCCCUCCCGGCCGGUGUCUAUAUCUAUAUUUUUUUAAAAAUGCAGUAAAACAAGCCCUGCUAAAGGUUAGUGUGAAACCAUGUUCGAUCCAGGGUAGUUUACACUUCGGAAAUAAGCAAAAACUUCUUAAAUGCUGUCAGUUUGUUUCAAAGAAACAUUGAGCUAAACCAUCCGGCAGACAAAUUUUUCCAAUUAAGGUAAAUCUUUCUAUAGUUUGAGUUUUGAGCAGGUAAACGCAUACAAUACAAAGCCUUAAAUAGCUGAAUAUAGCAAAAAUUUUGUUCAGUGUAGAGUCUAGUUCACAGCAAAGGAUUGUGUUGAGACUUUUGUGGAACAAAGAUCCCUGCAAAAUACUAUUUUUGUUUCAUUCCGUUGUGUUUUUGAACAUUAGGGACCCUCCUGCACUCAUCGUCCCGACGGAAUUGCUCAUGACUUUUAUUAAGCUGGUCUUGAAUCUUCACAAAAGUUUCUUGGGGACACGUGUGUGUGUCACCGACACUUUUCACAUUACUUGUGUUAGGUAGUUGCAUCAUCUUUCUUUGAAUUUGUAAAACUUGAAGCCAUAAAAAAAAUAUUAAGUUCUAUGUAUAAUGAGGGAAGGGAGAAAUAACAGAAAAUCUAACCUGCUUUUUAGAUCUUGUUAUCUCCAUGUAUAAAAUUACAAAACGUGCUUUUGUAUCAGUGCAAGCUGUACAUUUUUUUACACACAGUGGCUGCCUUCUAUGUCUUCCUAUUUUUGAUAAUGCAGAUUGUUGGGAAUUCAGUAUGGAAGUAAGUGAUUAAAAACAAAAGCUUAUCCUCUUCUUUUUUUAAAAAAAAAUGUUCUCACCACUUUUUAAGAAAAACCCCUUCUGUCCCCAAAAACGUACCAGUGUAACUUAGAAAAGACAGCUGAGGCUUAUGUGUUUGCCCUUGGGUGAAGGACAAGGGAGAACAACCGAAUAAAGCUGAACUUGUAAAUUAUUUUUGCGAUGCAGGAUUUUUCUGGAUAUAUUUUUUGGCAUUUUUAGUUUGUAGAGCAAACGGCUUCCAGUUUGAGUUUGAUUUCAUGUAGCUUUUUAAGUUAGGCUUUUUGUGUGUGCGCCAUGGCGAAGGACGAUUAAAUGCAAUUCUGGGGGAAAUCAGGACCCACCCUUCUCUGUUACACUGGUAAAUGACCUGAAUGGGAAUUGAUUAAAGUCUUGUGUUGACAGUUUUUAAUUAACAAGCACUGAAUGGAUGCAGAUGGUCUGGGGGAGGGGGGGAUAAGAGUCAGGGGAAACGCCCCCUGUGGAGCUGCAGUGUAUUUUCUUGUUUAAAACCCUCAUCAAACUCUGCAUUUCAAUGGGUACUUGAGGCAACCUUCAAAUUGAAAAGUUUUAAAAUAAAACUACUUUUUUUUCCAUUGUAAAUAUAUGUGUAAAUAAGCGCAAUUGGAAACUAGAACCGUAGAGUACUUUUCUGAAUCCAAUCCUAUUUUUAUUUUAUACAGUAUUUCUCAGCUGUGAUCUUUGGAGCAAAAAGCCAACGGCAGGAAUAAUAGUUUGUACCAGUUUCAUGAAGUAUGUCUUUUGGUUUUUGUAAAUAAUUUUAACUCGAAUAAAAAUUGCUACUUUCAAUACAUAAA